UCAAAGCUUUGACUGUAUAUGUAACUGCCAUAACGCAACCAGAUGCAUAUGUCCCAACUGGUUGUCAGCCUACGUCCCAUGUUGUGGAUGAGGAGUCUUCUCCAAAUGUUGUCAAUUUCUGGAAUGAGAUUGAGAAAAAAAGCUAUGAAGACAAGAUCGAGAAAGAAUCGUUAGGAUACAUUAGCAAUGUAAUAGAUGAUUCCAUUAGGGACUCAAAAGAUGCAAGAACAUUUUUAUCUGAUAACUUAAAGUCAUUUGUAAAGGAACAGGCUGGGAAGCGAAAUCAUGACCACAUGGAAGAUUCUCAAGAUCAUGAAUUAAAUUCUGGUUUACACACACCAGACUCCAAUAAGAAGGCCAAACCAAAUUCUACGUUUGAUGUCUCAUUCGACGAAUACACUACUGCCAUUAAUGCCGUCAAGUCUGUACAAAAAAAUAAUGAAUCUGCCCACACAGACCCACUCUGGUGGGGUGUUCUAGAUUUCCGUGAGGAUAACAUAUCUCCGAGUCCAAACCUCCCUCGUGCUAAGGAUUUCCUCUCGACUGAUGAGGUCAAUCGUUUGAUGAGUAUGACAAGAAGUGCUAUUCAAGAAGAGAAGAAAAAUAUCAGUAAAUCAGCAGAAUCUUUCUUAGAGGCAUUAUUACUAUCAGAAAUUGUUAGCCUUCAACUUCUUGCAAAGGAGUGUGGUGCGCGAGGAGUUGCUGGUAUACUCGAUCUUCUACAAAAAUCUGCUGAUAAAAUGCAGGAUGUUGCGGAUAGGCAAAUAAUUCAAGAUCAUCUUGCAAACGUAGAUGUUGAUGAUGAUGCUACAAUAUAUGUGGGAAAAUGCAUUGAAGACACUGGUGAAAACCAUUCCGAUGCAGACCGUGAUGACAAAACAGACCGUUCUGGCACUCAACGUGUUGGCAAGGCAUGCGAUUUCUUAUAUUGGAGCUCAUCUCAAGAGGCUGGUAUCGGGGAGAAUAGUGGGCCAACCCACAAGGAUAAUCAUGAUAAAGCAAAGACAAACUUCGUUGACGUGAUUAAAGUCUCCAGAGCGCAACACAUCGAGCUUGAGAUUCAAAUUAUCGAGCAGAGUGGAAGAAAUCCUCUGCCAGAGAGCCUACAAAAAGGAAUGGCUUCGAUAUUUAUACCAUUUUUCCAAAUAAUCGGAAUGAGAAUUCGGUUCUAUCUUCUUUUUCAAAUCAACGGAGAUCUGUACGGUUUUUGGGAUUGGGCCUCAGAAAUCUUACCAACGAAAGAUGCAAACGUGGGAGAGGUGGUUCUAUUAUGUAAAAGAUUUUUAGUUCAUGGG